AUGCCAGUGCUGGAAGCACUCGUCUUCUCCUUCCUCUGGGCUUUUGGACUUGCGCAGUUGAAGCUGGAGCAGCCUGCUCUAUCCAUUUCCAAAGCAACCAGGAAAAGUGCGCACAUAACCUGCAAGGUGUCCUCUGGUAAUUUUGCAAACAGAGUCAUAUACUGGUAUCGCCUGAAACCGAAUCAGGCUAUAGAGUAUCUAAUAGGUGUUCUCUCGACAUCCACUCCUGCUCAAGUGAGUUUAGGCAAGAAGAGCAAGACCCUCGAGGCAAGUAAAAAUGUUCAGACAUCCACUUCAAUCUUGAAAAUAAAUUACGUAGAGAAAGAAGAUGAGGCCAUGUACUACUGUGCCGGAUGGGUCAAGAUAUUUGCAGAAGGGACUAAGCUCAUAGUAACUUCCUCAGAUAAAGGCGCUGAGGCAAACACUCCCCCAAAGCCAACAAUUUUUCUUCCUUCCGUUGCUGAAAGGAAACUUGAUGAUGCUGGAACCUAUCUUUGCCUUCUUGAGGAUUUUUUCCCUGAUGUUAUUAAAGUAGAUUGGAAAGAAAAGGGCAGUGAUGCACCUCUGGGGGCUCAGCAAGGAGACAUUAUGCAGACACCUGGGGACGCGUUCAUGAAAUUCAGCUGGCUGACUGUGAGUGGAGAGUCGUUGAAUAAAGAGCACCAGUGUGUGGUUAAACACGAGACAGGUGUUGAAGAGAUUCUUUUUCCUUCCAUAAAGAAAGGCUUUACUCUGGAGAAUUCCACAAAACCUUGUUUGAAAGGUGAAAAUGAUACCCUGCGGCUGCAGCUCACGAACACCUCCGCCUUUUACACCUACCUGCUCCUCCUUCUCAAGAGUGCCGUCUACUCGGCCACCGUUGCUUUCUACCUGCUUAGAAGAGCAGACGUGUGGGGCCCGGCGAAGAGUUCCUAACCGAGAGGAGGAAGAGAAGGAGCCAUCAUCUCUUCACUCGUAUUGUUCCCGAGCUUUCUGCUGAGGUUCAGCCCGGUUCUCUUUCUGAGCUGGGUUCUCCCAGUUGCCGAGUGUG